UGGUUGUAUGAUGACGGGUGGAUUCAGCUGCGAAAUAACAAUCAAUUGGUACUUGGCAUAGGUCAGGAUUCUACUGAGGUACAGUGCCGCCUUUUUAAUUUUUUCUCUUCUCCAGGAAAAGUUUGUUUGCUUGUGUGUGUCUGUUUGUCUCUGAAGAAGAUAUCUCAUUGACAAAUGCAUUAAAUUUGAUUCAAAUUGUAUAGGUAACACAAUGGUUUUGAUUGCAAUUUGGGAAAAGUGAGUUUUCAAAGGUGAUCAAAAUUGAAGUCUUUGAAAAUGUGAAUUCCGUUCCAAAUUGGAUGAGAAACCAUAAUUACCUAUUAAUAAUAUACAUGAAAAAAUUAUCCAAAAAGCAAAUUCAUGGUCACUUUCAGGCAUGAAACACGUGCGAAAUAAAUAUAUUAUCACUCAUUUAAAUGCACGUCAAAAGUCAAAUGUCAAAACUUUAUUGAGAAAUAAGUUCUUUGUAUGUUUGCAUGGUGAUAAAAUAUAAUAGGUUUUGUUUGUGGAAACACCACGUAAAUUUAUUACUGCAAUUAAUUAUUACUACUAUUAAUUUAUUAAUUUAUUAUUUAUUUUAUUGAGAAAGUUUUUCUUUAGGCAACUGUCACGUAUUUGUAUUGUUUUUUAGUCACGGCACUGCAUGCAUGUCUCUUUGGCACUUUAUUUGAUAAAGUCGCACUGUUCUCGACCAAUUAGUUUAUGUAUAACUUUUACAUGAAUACUUGAAUGGCUUAAGCCCCGUUUACACUACGCUCAAUUUUUGGUACGGCACGGAUAAAAUUGGUACCCGUACCACUUUUUUGGUUCUUGGACUACCUAUUUAGGUAGUCCAAGAACCAAAAAGGGGUAUGGUACCAAAAAUUGAGCGUAGUGUAAACGGGGCUUAGCUAAAUAGGUAGUUCAAGAACCAAAAAAGUGGUACGGGUACCAAUUUUAUCCGUGCCGUACCAAAAAUUGAGCGUAGUGUAAACGGGGCUUUAGGCUAUGUUUACAUUGUAUCGGAUCGGUUUUUGUUUCGUUCGCGAAAAGUUACGGCCGGAGUGUAAACAGCUUCCGCCCCACACAUCUAUGCCGUCGUAUUUUCUUUUAUAUAUUAUUAGAAUAGUAAGUUGUUUGCCAGAUUCCAUCCGAGUCACGCAUUGAACCGAAAUUGCUCCGAUUGGUGUUUACAUUACAAUGAGAGCGUUGCAAAAACCGAUCCGAUACACCGCGCACCACUUCGAAGAGCGAACCGCCGCACCACCGGUUCGCUGCAGAAAUUGAGACGAUAACAACAUUUCAUAUGUAAACAGAAGCCCUAUCCGGUAUGGUUUUUGCGUCGGACGCAAAGUGAUCCGAUACAAUGUAAACAUAGCCUUAAUAUGCACGCGGUCACCGCUAUCUCUCAGUGCCCUCUAGUUGAUAUAAUACAGAAAUUUGGUAUGCAAUUUUAUUACUGAUUGUGUAAUUAUAUAGGACAAACUGGUAAACGAGGUAUUUUUAUGUAAGAAAAGGAUGGAUGAUGUAAACCAACGAUGGACCAUUGCUUCCGAUGGGUAAGCAUAAUAUACAGCUGAUUCAAUUAAGGUUGUCCUUUCAAAACCUUAAACCUUAAACUCUGAGCGCGCAAGGGAUAAUCUGGUUUCACAUUAGAAAAUUGUCUUUGCAGCAAGUAUGUUUUCUGUCGUGAGUACGUCUUUUGUAUGUCUUAGGUAUUCUUGCAAAGCCAAAUUUCAAAAUUUAUGAGUCUAAAUAAGAAUUAUAACCCAUAUCCUUUGUGCGCUUAGAGUUUAAGGUUUAAGCAUGCACUUGCUCAAACUUAAUUUCAGUCGAUGGCAGUGCAUGAGAAUAGGUAGACGGUGGUUGACAGUCACACACGCGAAAUAGUUGCAACUUUCACUAACUCCCAUCCUCUUUUACCGCGCCUUUAGUUUGCCCGCGUUAACAUGUGCACCGCCGCUGUAAUACUUUUGUUUUCUCAGCACCAUUCAUCUUCACAAUAAUCCCAAUGCGACGUUAACUGUAUCUGAUCCUGGUCGUGCCAGUGAAGGCAGUGCUUAUGAUGGAUCGUCUGCAUUGGUCAUGCCAAGAAAACCCUGUAAUGGAAAUGCGAAUCAACUUUGGAUAUACGAUCAAGAAUCUGGAUUCAUAUCUGCUUUUGCAACUGAUUCAAUAAAUAUAGGUAACGGAGUUGAACUGAGCCGAAUCGGCCUGAUUCAGGCCGAUUUGGUUGAGGUAUAGUAGUGUUACCCGAGGUUUGGCCCCGGGUUCGAAAGCCACGGUUAGCUUUAUCCUAGUUUGACUCUCCAAAUCCUAGGUUAAUCCUGGAAAUUUUUCUAAGAAAUCUUAUCUUGAUCAGGAGAAGCUUUAUAGUAUUAUGAACGACUGAAGUCUUUUGUUGCUUUUAUAAUUCCAGAAAAUUUUUAUUUAUAUGUACUAUAGAUAAAACAUGAGCAGCCGAUCUGUGUCUGAUAUACAAACUCGAGCCGAAGGCGAGAGUUUCUAUAUCAGAUACAGAUCGGAUGAGAAUGUUUUAUCGUACUUAAAAAAUGAUCCAUCUUAUGAGUUCAUUGGCGAAGUAAUUUUAAAAAUAAACAUUGUCUAUGCUGAAAAAAUCAAAGCUGAAGUUUAUGUAAAUCAGGACAAAUCUUUAUCCGAUUUACAAACAUUGAUUAAACAUUCAUUUCUUUUGUAUUUUCCUCGUGAAUUAUUAAUGAAUUUUUAAGACAUAGAGUUUCCGCUGUCCUUGUAUGUUACUUGCAUGGAAGACCCCAUUUAAUUUCAUGAUAAUUUGUUUCAGAAAUCACAGCUGCAAACAAGGCUGGCAUAUGUACGUAUACGGUGUUGGGUUCCAAACACGUGCCACAAAUUGUAAGUAUAAAUAAUCAUUCAUUACUUUGUAGUUUAUAAACAUACACAUUUUAAUAUAUUGGUCGAUCGUUUGAGGAUAAUUUCUGAUAUAUUUCAGGGAUAUUCAGUGCAGAAUGAUUCUUCUAAGACGUUUUGUCAAGCAUGUGGUAUUGUAUCUCGUGGAAAGUUUAUCUUACAAAAAUUGGAAGAAUGCCUGGAUUUUUCUUGUGCUAUGGGAAAAG